AUGGCCGCCAAUUCCGAAUCGGAUUCGGAAUUAGUUGUUGAGGCCGUGAAAUGUGAGUCAUGUGGGUUCACGGAGGAUUGUACUCCGGCCUAUAUUUCUCGUAUCAGAGAAAACUACAACGGGAGGUGGAUUUGCGGCCUGUGUUGUGAAGCUGUUAAAGACGAGGUUUUGAGGUCCGACAAAGUCGACGUUACGACCGAAGAAGCAUUGAACAAACACAUUCAUUUCUGUCAAGAUUUUCAACAUUCCGGACAUGAGAUUCACCACUAUCAUCCCAUCUCUGCAAUUGGAAGGCUUCUCUGCCGGACUUUGGAUAAUUAUCCGACCCAUCAACACCAACCAUUUCCUCCUCCUCCUCCUCUUCGUCGCCGCCGCCGCCCUUUCUUACUCCCAUCAGAUUGA